AUGCGAGGUCUCUGGCGGUUCAUACUCCCUAUUAUUCAAAGAGUAGGGAGUACUGUAUCUGCGGAAGCUCUUAACACAGGACAGAGAGUCUUAGAAAGAGUUAACAAGGGAGAGCCAAUAAAAGAAGCAUUAGUUAGUGAAGGAAGAAAAGGAAUCGAUACUGUGUUGGAGAAAGGUGGUCUCCCUAAACAGUUUGGAACAGGAGUAAAAAAGAGUAUAAAAAGGAAACGAGAAUUAGAUAAACUUCAUCAAACAUUUAUUAAAAGAAAAAGAUUACGAAAAGACGCUUUUGGUCUCUAUUAA